AUGCGACCAAUACUCGCGCAAUCGCUCACGCGCGACUGGAGCGGGCGAACCUAUCGAAACUGCCAAACCAUCCGCCUACUGUCCAGUACCCCUCAACGCAGCAGCAGACUCCGCGCGCGCCUGAAAAUCCCCCCUCCCUUCCCCGUUACCAAGACCUGCCCUGAAACAAGCUGCAAUUGUCCGCCCACGCCCGCCCUACCGGAGGGUUUACCGAUCGAUCAUGAACAAGCCUUAAAUGGCACGAUGGUUGCCUACGCGCAGCAGCUUCUUGUGUGCACAGGACAGCAAGACUGGACGAGCCGCAUUGAGGAUGAUGGCGAAAAUAAAGGCUGGGGCAACCUUGUGAGAGGACUGAAGAGCCUGCUAGGUCGUGGCGGGCCAUAUCUUGAUCCUUUCAACAAUAUAUUGGUCACGAAUUCAUCUAUCGCGCCACCUACAAGCUCCUCCCCCGCCUCAGCUUCGGCAUUCCUCUUCCCCAGCUUCAAAUACAUCCCCUCAAUACCCGUGAACACGGCCUCAUCACCCGGUCAAACAACCGAUCUAACGACCUUCGUACGAGCAUAUCUUCUCCCCGAACGACUCCACGACAUGCACUCCUCUCUCCCCGCAACCAAACAAGCAGACAUGACCCGAUCCCCGGAGCUAGCAUCAAACUUCCCAGGAGUAAUCGACAUCAACCACUCUCCGACAGUGUUAAUAUGCGGACAUGGAGGUCGCGAUAUGCGCUGUGGUGUCAUGGCCCCUGCCUUGGAAAGCGAGUUCAAGCGCGUGCUGCAGGCGCGAGGAUUCACCUCCGCGGACAGCGGUGGAACCACGGUGGAUGGCCUUAACCAUGCUAAUAUUGGUCUAAUGAGUCAUGUUGGAGGACACAAAUAUGCAGGCAAUGUGAUUGUUUAUAUCCCGCCGAAGAUGACAGUGAGAACUUCUUCAGAGCCUCACCCGCUGGCGGGUAAGGGGAUCUGGUAUGGCCGCAUUGAGCCUAAGCAUGUGGAGGGGCUUGUCGAGGAGACUAUUCUCGGCGGGAAAGUGGUUGCGGAUCAUUUCCGGGGUGGCAUUGACAGGAAUGGUGAUAUUUUGAGGAUGUAG